AUGAGUGGCUGUCUAGACAAUUGUGGCGAGUGCUGCUCCAACAUCUCCUGCACCUGUGGUAUCAUUGACACAGACUGGUUAGCAGAGCGGCGCAAUGCCAUCUCCUCCAUCCUGGCUGGUUCCCUGUUUGCUGUGGGGUGGUGGAUUGCUAUUGACGUGGGCGCAGUGGACUCUGAUCACUUUAGUAAAGCGUACUGGACGUGUGGUGUGUUCGGGACAAUAGGCCUGCUCAUGGUUAACGCUGUCUCUAAUUCCCAGUUACGUGGUGAUGCUUACGUGCCAGGUGCGCUGGGUACGUCUGGCACGCGGGUCUGGAUGGUUAUAGGGUUCCUGUGUUCCUUUGGUGCGCUUAUUGGAGCUAGUUUUAUCUUAUUUGGAGAAUAUGUUUACAAGAAAAUAGAACCGUCGUACCCAGGUACGGGGUUCUUCAUGCAGAAUCUCCUCAUAUUCAUGGCUACUAUUAUAUUUAAAUUCGGGCGUGUUGAGGAUUCUUACUGAGAUAACGAACAAUUCAAGUAUAUACUAUAUAGCUUGUAGCUAGAUACCCUGUGUAAAUCAGAUGUCAGGUUUGAUAUGAAGUAACA